UAACAGGCGUCUUCUUGUUCUUAUAUGUACCAUAUAUCCUGCUAUUAUACAAUCCGUACUGAUAUCCAACAUGCAUUCCAUGGCUGCUUCUUGCCCCACUCGCUAUCGCCCUGAUACUAUCGUGAGCCACCACAUGUACUAAACCAUUCCUUCCUUCCUCUUCUCUCUCACUUCUACCCAUUUCUCCCUAUAUACUCUAAGCAUAGGUCCAUCCUCACGACUUAUAUAGCGCACCAACCGAGUCUCGAGAAUGAGAAUCCGAGUCCGUGGUCCUGAGGGCCAAUCCACAGUUACCCUGGACGAUUCCGCUACCGUCGACGACCUCCGCACGCAGAUCACGGACAAGACAGGACUGACGGCGUUCGAUGUUAAAUAUGGAUAUCCCGACCUCAAGCCGCUAGAGCUUGAAGGCUAUUCCGGAAGCCAAAAAGUUACGGAAAUUGAUGUUAAACUGAACGGCGAACAGCUCAUCGUCACCCGGCAGGAGGGCGCACCCCAGCCAGCGCCCAGUGGCGAGGAUACUACUGGAACAUCAGCUGCUCCGUCUCGAAAUCCAGAUCAAACUCUUUCUUUAUCGCGCAAGUCACACGAGGGCGUCUCAAAUGACCCCCCGGAGAUACCGUCACCCGACCACUCGGGCACCUUUGUGCUCCGUAUCAUGCCCGAUGAUAACUCAUGUCUCUUCCGCGCGAUAGGAAGUGCUAUUAUGGGAGGGAUGGACACUAUGAAUGAAUUACGGUCAAUCGUUGCGCAGACAAUCCAAGCGAACUCCGACAUGUACUCGGAGGCAGUUCUUGAGAAGAAGCCCGACGAUUAUUGCCGUUGGAUCCAAAAUGAGGAUUCGUGGGGUGGAGGGAUCGAGCUCAGCAUUUUGAGCAAGCAUUUCGAUAUUGAGAUCUGUUCGAUUGAUGUGCAGACGCUCCGGGUGGACCGUUUCAACGAAGGCCCGCCGACCCGGUGUGUUCUGGUCUAUUCUGGGAUCCAUUAUGAUACCAUUGCCUUGUCACCGUCAGAUGCUCCCUUUACCCAUACCUACGCCCCUCCCGACUUCGAUACAAAGGUAUUUGAUGCGGCCGACCCAGUGGUAUUAGAGAAAUCAUUGGAAGUGUGUCGGGUUUUGCAGGAUAAACAUUACUACACAGACACCACAGGUUUUCGCAUUCGCUGCAACACAUGCGGGGACACGUUUAUCGGGGAGAAAGGUGCAACACAACAUGCGGCGCAAACUAGGCAUUAUGACUUUGGCGAGGCUGGCUAACUCUAUGCAGUCUGGAGAUAAUGAUAGACAUGUUCAUGUGUACAGUGGGGGAUUAUAUAUUAGAUUUCUCAGGCCCUUUCCCUAUCUGUUCGGUGCGUCAAAUGCAUAGGGUUGGAAAGGCAGCGACCAUUUUAGUCCAUUCUCUAUUAUUGACACUGUAAGUACAGAGUAAUUAGAUUGCAAAAAUGCAUAGUAGGAACCAACAGUUCAUGCAGAAUACAA